GGAGCCUAUCCAGAUGAAACAAGCUACAGUCUGAUCAACGCAGCUUCAGUAGCAGACCUUAAUAGCCGACUGGACGAACCAGUCACGCCGCAGCAAUUUCGCAUGAAUUUCGUGGUCAAGGGUGCCACUGCUUACGAAGAAGAUAAAUGGGAUUGGGUAAAGAUUGGGAACGUGAUUAUGAGAAACGUUAGACCCUGUACAAGAUGUAUCUUUACUACGAUAGAUCCAGAAACCGGCACGAAACACGCCAAUACGGAGCCUUUGAAGACUUUGAAAAGUUACAGACAGAUAACCGAUCCGCAGAUUCGACCCUCAGUUGGCGACAGUCCAGUUAUGGGAAUUCAUCUUGGACUGCGAGGACCAAACGGAAUGGUCCGCUUG